GACAAAGGCUCAUUAACACGUGAUGGGACCGCGCUUCAUAAAUGGGACCGGAGCGAGAGGGAGCCAGAGACAGAGCGCGAGCGGAGGGAGAGGCAGGGACCGCGCGAGCGGGGCGAGGCGACGGGCGCUCAGGCCAGCGGAGACGGGCGGCCCCACGCCGGGCCAGGCGGGGCGAGCGGAAGGAGCCGGUGCAGAGCCCUGCAAGGGGGCGAGGCCCGCUGACAGCCGGAGCCGAGGGCGCGCCGGUCCCCGUCGCUGUCGCUGUCGCUGUCGCCGGCGGGCGCUGGAGGCAGGGACCGCCGGCACGCGGACCGACUGACUUACUGACCGACCGCCGGCGGCGCACCCCGCUCCCCCCACCCCGCCCCGGCGCCGCCUUCCCCCGCCACUCCCUCUGCCACCCCUUCCUUCUCCACUUCUUUUCCGCCUCCGCCUCUUCUGGGCUCCCGCGGCGCCGGUGCUUUCCCCUGGCCCGGGCGGGGCGGCUCGGCUCCCUGCGGAGCUCUCCGUAGAGUCUGGGGGCACAUUGCAUUCUAGCGGAGAACCAGCCCCUGAGCUGGGCGCAAGGUGCAGAGGGAGCUUCUGCCCCGCGGACCGGGGGAUGCGAAGGGAUUCCCUCCUGUGGGUCUCUUUCUCAGUCGUUUUGAGCUUGGCCUGAUCAAAGACUGAGGUUAUGAAGUCCAUCCUAGAUGGCCUCGCAGACACCACGUUCCGCACCAUCACCACAGACCUCCUCUACGUGGGCUCGAAUGACAUUCAGUACGAAGACAUCAAAGGCGACAUGGCGUCCAAGUUAGGCUACUUCCCACAGAAAUUUCCAUUAACUUCCUUUCGUGGAAGUCCCUUCCAAGAAAAGAUGACUGCGGGAGACAACGCCCAGCUGGUCCCGGGAGAUCCGCUGAACAUGACAGAGUUUUACAACAAGUCUCUCUCAUCCUACAAGGAGAAUGAGGAGAACAUCCAGUGUGGGGAGAACUUCAUGGACAUGGAAUGCUUCAUGAUCCUGAACCCCAGCCAGCAGCUGGCCAUCGCCGUGCUGUCCCUCACGCUGGGCACCUUCACGGUUCUGGAGAACCUGCUGGUGCUCUGUGUCAUCCUGCACUCCCGCAGCCUCCGCUGCCGGCCCUCCUACCACUUCAUUGGCAGCCUGGCAGUGGCAGAUCUCCUGGGGAGCGUCAUCUUUGUCUACAGCUUCGUCGACUUCCAUGUGUUCCACCGCAAAGACAGCCCCAACGUGUUUCUGUUCAAACUGGGUGGGGUCACGGCUUCCUUCACUGCCUCGGUGGGCAGCCUGUUCCUCACGGCCAUCGACAGGUACAUAUCGAUUCACAGGCCCCUGGCCUAUAAGAGGAUCGUCACCAGGCCCAAGGCUGUGGUGGCCUUUUGCCUGAUGUGGACCAUAGCAAUUGUGAUAGCUGUGCUGCCUCUCCUGGGCUGGAACUGCAAGAAACUGCAGUCCGUUUGCUCAGACAUUUUCCCGCUCAUUGACGAAACCUACUUGAUGUUCUGGAUCGGGGUGACCAGCGUGCUGCUGCUGUUCAUCGUGUAUGCGUACAUGUACAUUCUCUGGAAGGCUCACAGCCAUGCGGUCCGCAUGAUUCAGCGCGGCACCCAGAAAAGCAUCAUCAUCCACACAUCAGAGGAUGGCAAGGUGCAGGUGACCCGGCCAGACCAAGCCCGCAUGGACAUUAGGCUGGCCAAGACCCUGGUCCUGAUCCUGGUGGUGUUGAUCAUCUGCUGGGGCCCUCUGCUUGCGAUCAUGGUGUAUGAUGUCUUUGGGAAGAUGAACAAACUCAUUAAGACGGUGUUUGCCUUCUGUAGUAUGCUCUGCCUGCUGAACUCCACCGUGAACCCCAUCAUCUAUGCUCUGAGGAGCAAAGACCUGAGGCAUGCUUUCCGGAGCAUGUUCCCUUCGUGUGAAGGCACCGCCCAGCCUCUGGAUAACAGCAUGGGGGACUCGGACUGCCUGCACAAACAUGCAAACAACGCUGCCAGUGUUCACAGGGCUGCGGAGAGCUGCAUCAAGAGCACCGUCAAGAUUGCCAAGGUGACCAUGUCUGUAUCCACAGACACGUCUGCCGAGGCUCUGUGAGCCUGAUGCCUCCCUGGCAGUACAGGAAUAGAAUAGAAAUUCUUUUUUUUUUUUUUUUAAGUUCAAAACCUGGAAGAGUCUGUGGUCUCAUCGGUUAUAUUUUUUUAAGUCUAUCAUGCUCAGUGAAAGGUGAUUGCCACCACACUCAUUUAUUAGUUUUUGCUGACGUUUCAGUAGUGUAGGUCCUCAGACUCCCUCACCAGGUUGUUUAUAGUGAAGAAAGGCUGUUGCCUGUGUGACUGAACAGUCAAUCAAAGUAUUAAGGAAAUAGGAGGGAAAUCUUUGGCUACACAAUUUGAAGUCUAAGUACCCAUAGAAAAAUGCUAUCAAAUGAGUAAUGCCUUUGUCACUGCAACUUUCAUUAUAAUGUGAAGUGUAUCUGUAGUAUCAGUGGUGUCCAUUUUUACAAGUUAUAGUACUAAAGUAGAGGCAUUUUAUAAACUGUGUUGUGUCCUGUGAGUUGUGUGUCAGUGUUUACUGUGUGUUGUUUAUAUUUGUCUUGUUCUGAAAAACUGACAGGUCAACUUUCAUGAGAACAAUGGAAUGCGUGCCAUAGAAAUAUACCCAUGGUACCCCCUUUUUUGUAUUAUUGCCCAUGAUAUGACUUUAGAAAUCCUACUACUUCUUAAAAUAUCUCUAUUUAAAUUUGAUGUUGAAAUAACAGUAAAGGUUGAUUUUACUGUUAUAACAGGAAGAAUUUGAAGACUAUUCAAAGUAUUGACCAGAAUUCAUUUACACUUAAUAUUUUAUUAGCCUUUCAUUUUCCUAGAAGGACAUUUAUUAUAUGCUGGACUAUAGUGUUCUGUCAAGUACUGGGUUAUAAUCAGAAUGGAAGAGAGAAAGCAUAUUGACUUUUUGGGCUGACGUUUCUAACUUUCUUUAGUCUUUAGCUUUUUACUGGACCUCUUAAGACAGCAUGUGUCAAUCUUAAUGUAUAUUGUUGUCACUGUGCAGUUGCUGUUUACUUGACAAGUAUUGCAUUCUUAUCUCCCAGGUUUAAGUAGAUUUCAUGCCUGGGUGGCCAAACAACAGUCUUCAUUUUUUUAACUGAAAAGAAGCAUUGUCUGGAUCAGUAAAAUUAUACUGUGUGUGAAUGUGAAUAUAACUGUGUGUAUGUGUGUUUCUCUACUGUAACCAUUAUAGUAAUGUCAUAAAGUGAGAAAACUGUGACCAAGUGUAAAUCCUACCACUUGCUGCACUCUUGCACAUGAAUUCAGUUUCUAAAAUUGAGUUCUUCCAGAAACUUGUUGAUAAACAAUAUUGACCACAACCAUACAGAACCACCAAACCCCCAACACACGCACGCGCACACACACACACACACACACACACACACACAUCCCUUAAGAGAUUGAGUCAAGUAGUAACAAAAUUCUCUUCAGGUAUUACGUAAGACUUGUGUUUAGCAAGGAAUAAGUAAUGACAGAUAUUCAGAAAAGGAGGUUUUUAUUUACAGUGGUAUUGUCAAGAAAUGAGAGUGUUUUGAUUUAGGCUAUGGAUAUGUAAGUUAUUAAAAGGAAGAUGGUUUUAAAGAUCUCUAAUGGUAACAGCUUUCAACUGUGCCUGUGGGUUCUGGAUUAAGUGGCCCUGUGCAUGUGUUGAACUAAAGGAGGACUACCAGGCUUGGCCCAGAUGGUUAACGAGGCCAGAAUAAGCAGGAGGUAAACAGAAAAGGGCAGUGCGGAGCUACACACCUGGGAUUGUGACAUCUGAGCGUCUUCCCAAGAUGCAUUGGUGACAGCUCAGCACCUGGUUUCUCUGGGUGACUUUGGGCUGCUUCCUCUUCUGCUCAUGGUUAGCAAUAUAUGCUAAGGCAUAAUGAGGAGCGGGGUUUGCUUUCUUCUUAAGCCCCAUUCUCAUACUCUAAAUGGUGUCAUUGACGCUCAGAAUUGGGCCCUUUUCCAGUAAGGAAUGAUAUCACUUAAGAAGCCACCUGACCCUCCCAAAGCUUGCUUGCAAGAAAUAUCCUUAUAGAGAUAAAAGCACGACUCCUCCAGGGCCCUAAGAUUUGGCACAGCAUGAAGUAAACUAGGAGAGCAAGCAUGUAUCUGGUGAUUUCCAACUCUUGGGAUACCCAAGCAGCCUGCUAGAGUAGCUCCUUUCAUGCAAUUCAUAGUCUAAGGUGGAAAAAUGGUCUAUGGACCAAGUGUGGACCCUUUCCGUUUUCCAUGCCUUUUGAAUCUGCCUGCUUGUUCCUUCACUUUACCUCUCUGCAAUAUGCAGAUGAGGUUCAAGGUGCUAGAGGAUAAAUAUGAUUUCUUUAGAAGGAGAGAAGAUUAUUGACUAAAAAACUCACCAGGGUCUAGUUUUCAUUUCAGAAUUGCCAGAGUUUUGACCUGCAUCAGCCUGAACAUUAAUCCACAUGUGUCAGAGCUCACCAGGCUGUGUCUCCUCUCCUCUCUCAGCGCUGAAGAACUGGUGGAGACAAAAUUCUUCUUUUAUGUAGAAAAAUCCCAGAAUUCAUUUUGGAAACUGUAUCUGUGCAUAUGCCAUGUAGAUUUUAUAGUGUGUUGUGCUUUCAAGACCUAAAUUAUAUAUAAUAAAUUAAGGGACAAUGGGGCUGACAGCACUAAACUUGGUGCUUAUUGAUAUUCUAAGAAAUACCUGUGAAAUAUCAUGUAUGUGUUAUACUACCUUCAUUUAAAAAACAUUAAAAUUAGUUGGAUUCACUUUGGCACUCAUAUCAUUUCCUAACCCCAGUGAGUAAAAUGUUCCCUCCAAUGUAUUACCCUUGGAGAAUACAAUUCAUUAGUAUCAUUAAUUAAUUAGUCCUUUAAUUAGGCAAAUUAAUUUAAGUAUGAUUUAAAUUUAAGCGUUUGUCAGGCCUGACAUCAGAGUUGUGUGCGUUCCUCUGAGGAUGCCAUAUUUGUCGUGACCCUGCUUUCUCCAUCACACAUCUUCAGAAAGGGCCAGAUUCCCGACCUGUGCAAGUCUCUGUAAUGAGGAGUCAGUCCUGGACUAACAGUUUCAAGUAGACAAGUAAUGCUGUCUCCAAGAAUCUCUGCUUUUGAAAUUACCUAUGAAAUAUCUGUAGAAGAGAUAGGGGCUUGAGAAGUGUUGCAGAUGUGUGCCUGCACUGGAGUGGCUCUCCAACCCUCUGUGUCACUUGGAGUCAGGUCUAUCUACUAUUAGAUGAUGAGGAAUUUCUGCUGCCUGAACAGACUCUGCAGGAAAUAGGCCCAGCCCCCAGAUGAGAAUUAGGCCCUGGAUGAGUAGCACUCUGUUACUGUCCUGUUGACUAAUUUUUGCCAUUCCAUAUCUGUAAAAAAGACCACCGACAUCACACACUUAUCUAAAUUUCUCACACUCUACCUGUACAUUUGUAUGAUAUUUUAAAAUCUCCUCAAUGCCAGACCAAGGCUAUUAACAAUUGUCUUGCACUGGCCUUCUGAUGAAAUGUUUAACAAUGCCUAUUGUAAUAUAUUCAAAACAUUUCUAUCUACUGAUUUGGGCUGAAUGUAUGUAAAUAGGUUUUAAAAAGAGUCAGAUGUUUAAGCAGUGGCCUACAAAUCAGUGAUUUUCAGAUAGGAGUGUUUCUUGACAUUGCUGUGGCAUCCUAAACGAUAUCUUCAUGUAAACUUACUGUACUAGGCUGACUGGGGAUUGGAGUCCCCAAGAAAGAAAACCUUUUCUUGUAAUAAUAUGAUUCAAGAUACCAGAUUAUCUGGAUUCUUAUUUCAAGUGUUUCAAGUGGACAACAACUCUUUAUUGUCUGUAAAUCUAACAUUAUUACUUUUCCUCUUAGAAGAAUAUUGUAUUGUUAGAUGUUUGUUGAGCUGGUAACAUCUUUGCACCUGCUGCAAUAUCUUCGUUGGUAAUCUGUAUAAUACUUUGUAUACAAGUACUGGUAAGAUUGUUAUUAAAUGUAGCUUCAGUCAUUAAAUUACUAUAACAAAGUAGUACUUCUGUAAUAUUUACAAUGUAUUAAGCCCAUAGUAUAUUUUAUUUCAAUGAUGUAAUUAAGCUGUUAUUUAUUCAAAGAGAAAACAUCUCAUCAUGUCUGUUGUCCAGUUACCUGAAUCAAAUAAAAAUUCUAGAUUUCAGAAAGAACAUAAA